AUGUCAGCAGGAGAUUACUACGGCGGAGGUGGCGGAGGACAGAACUACGGUUAUAACCAACAACAAGGUUACUCCCAAGGUCAACAUGGUGGACAAUCACCCUACCCACCUCAGAACCAAUAUGCCCCUCAGCAGGGCGGCAAUGGUUACGGCUCUCCCGCACCUCAAGGUCAUCAUUACGGUGGCGGCCCACCUCAAGAUCAGCAAGGUUACAGCGGCCAUAGUACUCAACCAAGCUAUGGACAACCGCCACCACAGCAGCACGGCGGCGGCUACGGUCAACCCUAUGGCCAACCCGCCCAUGGCUACCAGAGCCCGCCCCCUCAUCAGCAAUAUGGCCAGGGUGGCUCACCGCCGGGCGCAUAUCCUCAAGGAGGUCAUUCCCAGGAUUACAGCCAGCAAGGCCAUCAGCAACAGCAAUACAGUCAAGGCCAUCAGCAACAGCAGUACGGUCAAGGCCAACAUCAGCCCCAGUACGGACAGGGCGCUGCUGGCCAAACCCCACAAGAGGGCGAGAGGGGCAUACUAGGCGCUCUAGGAGGUGCGGUGGCUGGCGGCACAGCUGGUGCAAUGGCCGGGCAUGGAAUCCUCGGAGCUCUUGGUGGAGCGUUUGCUGGGCACAAGUUGGAAGAUAGUUUCAAGAAGGACAAGAAGAAGAAGAAGUCCAAGCAUGACAAGCAUCACAAGCGUCGCGGCAGUGGAUCCAGCUCGUCCUCCUCGGAUUAG